AUGAGGAACCUAACAAGGCAAGCUCAGCGGGCCGGCUCGCGGAGGGCUGGCGCCCGAGGGCCCUCGGACGCGUCGCCCCCCUGCCCCGCCCCGCCCCGCCCCGCCAGCGCCCCUCCCGCGCGGGUCCCCGCUCCGCGAGACUGCGGGCGGCGCGCGGGCUCUGGGACGCUGCGCCGAGCGCAGGUGAGGGCGCGCCGGCUGGGAGCCGAGCUGGUUUGGCCGCGGCGGCAGGCGCUGCGGGGCUGCGCCGGGAGAACGAAGGGAGGGGCGUGCGGCCGCGCGGUGAGGGGCAACCAGGGGCUCAGAAGAGGCCUCGAUUCUCACCUCCCGACCGAGAAGAGCGACCCCGCGUUAUCCGGAAGACGCCGGGGAAGCGCCGGAUUGGAAGCUGCUUCCGGUCCCCGUGGCCGGGUUGGGGGCCGGCCCGGGAUGGAGCAGCGGUUGCCAUGGAGACGAGCCGCCGCCACCGCCGCCGCCGCGGCUGGCUUUCAGUGUGACGCGGCCCCUGACUUAGGGGAAGGGGUUAACCCCGACGGGUGGGAAGUCGGCUGCUCGGCGUCCCUUGUUCACAUAAACCGGCGUUGUUAUUUCUCCAAGUCCUUCUACUUAGGUUAUUCCAUUUACUCUCUCAAUAACCCGGCAGAAGUCUUAGAAGUCAUCUUGGAUAUUUCCCUCUUCCUUGUUCACUGUUUCCAGAAGUGAGCAGACAGACUUGGGUUCACUCCUCAACUCUGCCACAAGCUAGCUGUGGGUGCGUAUGUGUACUUCUCUGGCGACAGGGUCUAACAGAAGAUGCAAGUUAUCAACCUUGACAAAGACUAGCCUGUUGAUGUGAUUUAUUUGCUCCAUAAUUUUGAAAUUGAAUUGGUUUCCAAAAUGUAAAUUUUGAUUCAAUACAUUAA